UGAUAUGCUUAGAUUCAUCUAGAAUUUCUAAGGUUUUGGCAUCCAAGGGAAGAGUUAAUUUUCUAUCAGCAGAAUGUCGGAGCCACCGUUCAGGCCGAGGGAGAAGCUUAUUGAGAAACAAAAACAGUUUCAAAGCAUCCAUAAGCCCACUUACCUUAAAGGACGAUAUGAUAAGAUCACUUCCAUUGCCAUUCCCGCUGCUUUGGCUGCAACUUCACUUUAUUUCAUUGCAGAAGGGAUUUACAAUAUGUCUCAUGGGAUUGGAAAGAAAGAAUGAGGCCUACGCUACUCAUGGCUGGAAAACAUGUAUUCCUCGACUUUUGUGGGUUUUUUUAGCAUCUUCAUUAGCUCUAAUGUUUUAAUACAUCUUUAUGAAGAAUGUGAAAAUUCCUUCAGAACAAUAUAAAUAAACAUGUUUUAAGAUAA